AAACUUCCUUAAGCUUUUACUUCUCGUAACUUUGAUUGCCUUUUUUUCUGUCCCUUCACUGGAGGCUAGAAAGAGAGGAAGGAAAAAAGUAACAAACACAGGAGCAAACCUAGGAAACCCACCCCUCCAAGUAGACCUCAAAAGACUAGAAGACUUAGUAGAUCAAAAAAUUAAGGAAGUUUUUGAAGCUCAAAAAAAAUCAGACAAAGCAUUUAAAGAGUAUAACCCCAAACUUGAAAAAGUAACACAUGCAGCAUUGAAAGCAUACAACAAUUUUCAAAGAAAAUUCCGUUUCCUAUUUUUUAGAAAAAAAAUUCAAGAAAAAAUAUUUAAAGAAUUUAAAGAAGCUGAAAAAAAAGCAGAUGAAGCAAAAGACGAAGGUUUAGAUGCUCAACUUCAAUUAAAUAAAGCUAUAUCUGAAGCAAGGCUUGAAAUUCAAAAAUUUGAAAACGCUCUAAAUUCAGAAAAAAAAAAAGCUGAAAGUGAUCAAGAUAAAAACAAAGAAAAUAAGAUUAAACAAAAAAUUCAUGAAUUAAAAGGCUUAAACAAAACAUUUGAAAACGAGAUCGAGAAGAAUGAAGAAAAAAACAAAAAGAUACAUCAACAAUAUCAAAGCCACUUAAAUGCUCUACAUACUCAAGAUAAAGCAAAUACGGCCGAAAAAACCGCAGAACACGCAAGGAAAAAAGCAAACCAAGACCCAAAAAAUGCAAUUUUUGAAACAAUCGCAAAAACAGCAGAAGAAGAUUUUCGCAAUACUCAACUUGACGCAUACCAUAAAUACUGGAACUUAAUUCGAGAUGAAGAUAAAAAGUAUCUGCAGAUUAUAAAGGAAAUCAUACUUAGCAUCCGGGAUCAGUCUUUUUUAAUGAUUACGACGUGGGCUUUAUCAUGCAUCCUCUAUUUUGUUUUGUUUAACUCACUCAUUUAUAACAAUAUCUUACCCCCAGUUAUCGAUUAUCUCUCUAUAGAUGUGCAAGGGUUUAAAACAAAAGGUACAUGGCUUCAAGAGCUCUAUCAGGCAUAUACGUCAGAAAUUCAUCAGAAAAACUAUCCUUUUCUUAGCGCGUUUUUUGGAGUUUUCCCAGUUUCCCUAGGUCUUCUUCUUGCCCUCAAGCCUAAAGAUCCGAGUGCCAGUUCCUCUUCCGGUGCAGGAGCGGCAUCCACACCCGGCACCCCUGUCCCUCCCAUUGUUCCUGUAGCGGCAUCCACAUCCGGCACCCCUGUCCCUCCCAUUGUUCCUGUAGCGGCAUUCACACCCGGCACCCCUGUCCCUGCAGCGAAAUAUACAUUGGCGGAAUUGAUAUGGAAAAUUUCUCGUCUAAUCAACUUUUUGUUGUCCUAUUUUGGUUUUUGGUUUAUUGCUCAGGGCGUUGCCGAGAAGCGUUUGACACACUUCAAACUCUUUUCCGGGGAUGGAUCUAUGAAGGAUACAAGUUUGAAACCCUCGAUGCCGAUUUCUAAUCUUCUCUUCUCUGCGAUAUCCCUGAUGCUUUUUUAUAAAGAUAACUACUUGCCUGGGCUACCUUCGUUUCUAAGAGACCUAUUUGGACUUUCAGAACCAGAAAAUAAGAGAUUGUUUUUGAUUUCAUGUUGUCCCAAAAUUUCGUUUCCGAAGCGAUUCUUAGUCUCCUUUUCUUUUUAG